AUGGAUGGUCAGCUCGGGGCUCGUGAGCCGGACUUGGGGGCCGGACGGCUUUCAUUUCUCUCUGCGUUCUCGCACAUGGAGUGCGAGGAGAAGAAGGAGAGGCGGUCGUCGAAAAAGGACAAGCACACGCACAAAAAGGAGCACAAGCACCACCGCUCUCGCGCCGCGCCGGAGGCCGCGCCUUCCGACGAGGACGGCGCUCCGGGGCCGCCGCCGCUGCCUCGCUUCUGGAGCGACAGCGCCGCCGCCGCCGCCGCCGCGGACAGCGUGCGAGCGCUCGCCGCCGGCCAGCCCGAGGGUGCGGCCGGCGUGCUGGCGCUGCUGAGGACGCUGGAUCGCGGCGAGGCGCUCGUCCUUGGUGGCGAAGGCGGCGAGCAGGGCGGCGGCGGGCCGGACGCGGCUCUGUCGGCGCUGCUCCGCCGGCUGAGCGACGCGCUGGGGCUGCAGCGGACGCCGCUGCCUUCGGGCGACGUUGCCUUCCUCAAGGGACCGGGUCAGCCGCCGCUGGAGGGGGCCUUCGCGCCGGUGCUCGGUCAAGACGAGGGCGGCGGCGCUGAGGGCGGCGGCGCCACCUCUGCGGCCGGCCGCCUCGGGCCUGCCGAGGAAGCGGCGGCACGGGAGGGGGCGCAAGGGGCGGAGGCGGGCGGCGGGGCGGAGGCAGGCGGCGGGGCGGCGCCGGCGCCGGCGCAGCGACGUGUGUACGGGGCCGCGCUGCCUCCGCCGUCGGCGGCGGGCCCGGCGCCGCGGGACGGCGUGGCGGCCGAGGCGGAGGGCGAGGGCGAGGGCGAGGGCGAGGGCGGCGGGGAGGCUGGGCCUGGCCCGCAGCCGGCGCCGGCAGGGCUGACCGAGUACCUUCUCGCCCAGGAGCCGGCGCCGUGGUGGCAGCGCGCGGCCGAGCCGCCAAAGCCGCCUCCGCCGGUGAGGGCGGAGGGGCCGCCCGCCGCCGCCGCGGGUCGGGAGGCGUGGAUGACGUCGCUCCCCGCGGACCGGCACGGGCUGGGCGGCGCGGCGCAGGCGGGGCCGCGCCAGUUCGCGCGCGACGAGCGCGAGGUGUUCGGCGGCACCGACGCGAGCUGGACAGCGGCGCCGCGGUCCGAGGAGGGGGCAGGCGACGGGGCCGGGGGCGGCGGCGGGCCCGCCCGGAUCGGGAUGAGGGAGGAGCCGGACGCCGGGCGGCCGAUGAGCUUGGCCGAGGCUGCCGCGCUCGCGAGGGCAAACGCGGCGGCGGGCAAGCGGCCGCAGCCUCCGUCGCGGGCGACGGCGGCCGGGGUGGCGGGCGGCGAGGGGGCGGGCGGCGAGGGCGCAAAGUCGCUGGUCGACGUGCACAAGGAGCUCAAGGCCAAGGAGAAGAAGGCCAAGAAGGGCGGCGCCGAGUGGGCGGGGUCGCACCCGUGGAAGCCGUGGAACCGCGAGACGGACCUCGACAUCCGGCAGGUGCAGCCCAAGGGGAUCGACUCGGUGCUCAAGAACCAGCACAUGGGCGAGCUGAGCAGCCGCUUCGGCUCCUCCUCGAGGGAGACCACCUUCAUGUAG